AUGCAAUCGAGGGAAGGGAAAAUUGGUAUAGGUGUACUCAUAAGAGACCAUCAAGGCCUUGUGAUAGGCGCUCUUCGCGCUAACAGAACCUUAAGAGGCAAUGCCUUUGAUGCGGAAGCUUAUGGACUCCUUAUGGCAACUGUUUUUUGCAAGGAUCUUGGAUUAAGGCAGUUAUGCCUGGAGGGGGACUCAAAACAGGUAGUGGAUCUUUUGAACCAAGAUUAUUCCAACUGGAGCAUGGGUGGAUGUCUCAUAACAGAUGCCAAAAAUAUUUUAAAUUCGGCUGCUGCUUGGUCAGUUUCACAUGCAUAUCGUGAGGCUAAUAUGGCAGCUCACAUGCUUGCAAAGGCUGCACUCGACUGCAUUGAAGAUGUUUAUGAUAUUGAGAUGUGUCCAACCUGUAUUCUUCCUUUGGUUACUAAGGAAAUGAGUUGA